AUGGAAACACAACAAACUGCCUCAUCAUCACGGACAAAAGGAGUGGCAUGCAGUUCCUGCUGGAUACGGGAGCAGAGGUGUCAGUGCUGCCUCGUAAGGUUUCCGGUGAGUGAGUCUCAGUACAAAUUAUAUGCUGCCAAUGGAUCACCGAUAAAGACUUAUGGAACAAGAGUGCUUACCAUUAACCUGGGAUUGAAGAGACUAUGCACUUGGGAGUUUUGCGUAGCUGAAGUGGAACGGCCAAUCAUCGGUGCAGAUUUCUUGAAGAAAAAUGGGCUGGUAGUGGAUCUCAGGAAUCGAUGUCUGACUGAAGAGGUCCUCAGAACCAAGAUACUGGGCAGCAUUCACAUGAGCAUUGGCAGCAUCACAACAGUUACACACGAAAGUGACUACCAUAAGCUACUGGAGAAAUUUCCUGAUAUAAAAACGCCACGCAGAACCGAUGUACAUGCGAAGCAUCAGGUAGUGCAUCAUAUAGAGACAAGAAGAACCCCAGUGGCGGAACACUCACGCAGAUUAGCACCCGAUAAACUUAAAAUAGCUAAAGCUGAGAUUGAUUUAAUGAUCGGGCAAGGGAUUUGCAGACCGUCAAAAAGUCGAUAUGCCAGCCCUCUCCACAUGGUCCAGAAGAAGAAUGGGGACUGA